AUGGAGGCCCCGUUGAAACUCGGCAAGAAGAAGAACUACACGUCAAAGUAUCUACCCAAACGCUAUCGGAAAAACUGUCGGGACAACAUCAUGGGUAUCACUAACACAGCGCUUCUUGUAGCCAAGCCUGCCAUCCGUCGUCUCGCACGCCGCGGCGGCGUUGUCCGCAUGCAAAAGGCGAUAUAUAGCACAGUACGAGAGAUCAUUGUUUCUCGUCUGGAGACGAUUCUCGAGCAAGUAGUCCAGCUACUCGAAUCUACAGACACCCCUGCCAAAGCUCGGAAGACCGUUACGACUCCUGAUGUAAGCUCAUCUAUAGCCCUCCUUGGUUGA